GCUCUAAAAUUAGACCUUUCUCGGCUGCCGGUCCACGCUGCCGUCUCGAUCGCCUUCGCCGCCGCCUCGAGCGACUACCAGCCGCAGACACUUACGCAGGCCGUCGCCUCGCCGAAAGAGCCUCCGCUAAGCCGAUCCCGGGGAAGGCCCACGUGAGGACUCCACGCGCCAACGGCACAGCACACGGUUGCGUGCGCGGCGAAAGUGCGCUGUCCCCCCUCCUCACGCUCCUUCACCGACCCCCGAGGCGGCCGUCGUGGUGGCUGGGAGAGGGGCCACGGCCUCCCCCCCGCCAUAAAGGAAGCGCCGGGGGCGAACCGCACGGCCGCCACAUCCAGAGACGGCAGCGAACGCGAUGCGAGUCGGGGCCAACGGUGCGGCGGCGAUGGUGCGGACGUCAGCGCCCCGGUUACUCUCCCUGUGGCUGGCGCUGUGGCUGGCGACCGGCGCCGAGGCCGUACUGCUCGGAAUGCUCCUACGUCGAAGCACCCUGGGCUCCAUGAUACCCAAGCCGUCCAUCAAGAUCUACCGUGACCUGGACAACGGCCACCACGGGUCCGGCCUGCGAUCGGGCUUCAAGGUGGGCAUCGACGCCACCUUCGGCGGCAGCAACUCCAAGGAGCAGAAGCAAGAGUACGACGACGGCCUCGGGGUCAAGUACCAGCACCACCACCACGACGACUACAAGCUGCAGCAAGGAGACUACGACCUGCACAGGUACCAGAAGAGCCCGUCGAUCACGGUGGAAAUCCGGGCACGCGAACCACCCGAACCACCGACCACCGAGCCGCCACCGCCGCCGCCGCCCAAGGGGUUCUCGCUGAGGCGCAUCGUCAAGCGACGCCGCAAGAGCCGACGCACCACGACGCCGCCCCCGCUGACGCUGCCGCUGACCGUACCGCCGGACAUGUCCCUGAUGCCCGCGUACCGCAAGGAGCUCAUGUACCCGGAGUACGCGUUCGGCCCGUACAAGGGGCACACGCUCAUGGGAUUCACCUACGACGGGCAGGACUUCAAGAGCUAACCCCCUUCGAAGAGGCACCCUGGCUCUCUUCGAGACGGAACAACGAUUGCACAAAUCCGUCCACCAACCGUUGAAUAAGCUGUACACGCGUUGUCAUUCCGGACUGCAGGGUGGCGAAGACAUUCCGACGCUGCGUCGACUACACACGCGCGAGGUUGUAACAGUUUUCCGCUAUGGCUGAACCGUCCGUCCCUCGUCGGAAAGAGGCUGUAGCGAGGAAGGGGUGUCACGUGUUUAAGUUCUCACGAGGAGGGAACAGACAACGCUGUAAAAUUGCCUCAGCGAAGGGAGUACGCUAAAAGGGACAGGUAAUGAAAGUUUCCCCGGAAAGAAGGCAACUGCGAGAGAAGUUUGGGUGCCUGCCACCAGAGCUGACGGGACGCGGGGCGUUCACGUGUGACCUUCUGGACGGUACGGAUUCCUGCUGAGCUGCAGGACAGAAUCAUCAAGCACCAAAGCGGCUUGGAGUGCGGAGAGAAGCCGUCGUUCGGAGGAAGGACUCGGCGUACGUUGGUGUCCAACGCCUUCAUGUUGGAGAGAUUGUCGCAGUGACGGACUCAUUGCAUUUGUAGUCACAAUAACGAGCUGCGUACAGAAGUGUUAUAGGAGGUAGCCCACUCACAACAACCAGUUGGCAUUCUUCAGGCGAGCAGCUCCAAGAAAGGCUUAUUACGAAGGCAAUAAGACGGACACAGAUUCAUACUAAGGUUUGUUACAGCGAAACCUAAGACAAGGACAACAGAAGGUACAAAACGACGAGGUACCUUCUGUUGUCCUCGUCUUAGGCUGCGGUGUAACAAACCUUAGUAUGAAUCUCAACCAAAUGGCCCAAGUUGCCGAUCUGAUGCAGACGGACACAGCCCUGUGUCCAUCUUCCUUGCCUUCGUAAUAAAUGUUUUUCUUUUUCCUUCUUUCGGGCAGCUCGCCUGCAGAAUGGUAUACAAGCUCGCCCAGGAAACCAUGCUUCUGUUAGCAGUGUUUGAUAUUGUGCAAAAUUGCGCUCCCCCAUCCCAUGAUUGUUCAUGUUCACUCUAAAAAUGCACAAACGUCGGCACCAUUAUGAAUACAACAAACUUUCACGUACAUUCGAGCGACUAUUUUACCCUGUAUGCUCACAACGAUCAGUCUCAUUGUUUCGCGCUAUGUGCAUGAAUGUUCUAUUGUUUAAUUCUUAUUCACAGUGCUCAUUUAGAAAAAAAAACGAUUUCGCGAGGGAAGGAAUCCACUUAAAUGGAAAACCAUCUGUUGCGAAAUCACAUAAUUAAAAUUCAUUAUAAAUUCAUAAAAUUCAUUAUAAUAUUGCGUAAAUAUCAAAUCCAGGAUGAGUUUACAAUUGCUAUCCAAGACCAAAAAUGGCGUCAGCCAUAAGACGCCGGAUAUUUCUGGCGUAUUAAGUUCCUCGACGAACGCUAGACCCAUAAUGCACAUCCACACGGUAUAUAUACUCGUCGAGUCAAAGUUGACGGGAAAUGGGAGCCACGUCGAAGUUACCGCCCGAGUUUCCUGCUGGCGUUUACGAACGCGGUUCUUCCAUUUGCGGAAUGCUAACGAUUCAGAUCUACAGUGAAAACUCUUGCGGCCGGCUCGAUCCUCGCGGAAGACCGCACUGGAAGCGACGUGCCUGCUGCCCAGCCCUGUGCCGGUUCAGCAUGCAGUGGAAGAGCAUGUCUGCACAGGCACUGUAUCCACGAGAGCAAGAAACUAUAUACCGACGCGCAUGACCUCUCCUUGGUGCGUGACUGCACAACGCGCGUCUCUGGCCACGGCAAAGCGAUGUAUUCUGCGCACGCGUGAAUAAUUUGCCGUUGUUUUCGCUGCCCCACAUUUCGCGCGACUGGCCGUGGAACGGCCGGCUGCCAGAAGCCGACGCGUCAAAAAGGAAGUGCAGAAGCUGCGUAUCGCGAUGAAGCUGAAACUAUGUAUGUACAUAUAAGGCCAAUAAAAAGUACCUUUGACAGGAGAAACGC